AUCAUUAGAUUCUUUUAUUUUGCAGCUAAAUAGACAUUAUGGGUGGUAAAGAAUGUCAAUGUAUGGUGAAUAUCAGGAAAGUUUAAUUUGCUGUUUCAGACGCAUCUUUAUUUUUGACCAGCCUUAUGAAUGUCUUGUGAAUAAACGUGGUCAAACUGAACAACAACAUGUUGUGAUGCUUGAAUCAGAGUGACGUGUGCCAUAACCAGUUAGUUACUUGGGUGCUCCUGAGACAUACUACUUUAUAUUAUUUAAUAUAUUUAAUGUAAACAGGCUCAUUCAUGGAAAAUGAACCCCAAGACAAUUAUUACCAUGAAGGGAGCUCUAUGAGGCAUUGCAGCAACUUUCAGCUCAUUGGUUUCAUGUGCCAAUCAUGUUGAUUCCUUAAAGUUGGAUACUUAAUGAGGAUUUUUAUUACUAUAACAAAUUCAUGAUAACAAAGUUGUGAUAAUAUGUGAAAUAAAGAUAUUGUUUAACUGCCUCAAAGUGGCCAUAAGUUUAUAAAGGGAUGCAGCGCUGUGUUAUUUCUUUAUUUCUUUGCGGGAGCAGAAAGGAGUGCUGCUGUCAACACAUUUGCACAAAUUCAUAACUUCUUCAACUCCUCCAUAUUGUAACGCUGAUUACUUCAGUUUUGGUAUCUGUCCCUAACACAUGUGUGUUAAGGUUUUAUUCACAAUUAGACCACAUGUGUAAUUGGUAAACCUUUCCAAACUUUUAAGGCUGCUGUUGGGGCCACUAAAAUGAGUCCUUUUCUGUAUAUGGAGAGUGACCUUAUUGUACCCACUGAUAUGUGUUGACUCUUUAUUGUCCACAAGGUCCAGUCAGUAUGGAGCUUUCCCCACCCCCCCCAGGUCUAGAGGCAGAAUAUGAGUCACUCUUUAGCACAGGCUCCCUCCUUUUCCUCCAGGAGCUGAUCUCCACAUUUGAUGAGGAGGUGGAUCAGGUCCUGAAGUUACGGAUUUCCAGAAAGGCGCAUUUAGACCUCACAGCUGACCUGCCAAGCUUUCUGGAAAGUACCACACAUAUCCGGAGGGAUCCAGUCUGGAGGGUCCUCCCUGUCCCCCCGAGGCUCCAGAGAAGACACGUGGACAUUGGGGACCUAGCUCCCUGUGACACCGAGCGCUUUGUUAAAGCCCUGCAGUCAUCAGCACAAGGCCUACAGGUUGACUUUGAUGAUGGGAACUGCCCUACAUAUUACAACCAGAUCAAAGGCCUUCAUAACGUUUUUAAGGCCGUUCACAACCAGAUCCCCAAUCUUCCUCACAUAUCUCAUGCUCCAGUGCUGAUGCUUCGCCCUCGCGCCUGGAACAUGGUGGAGCACAACUUGAUGGUGGCAGGGAAAGAGGCUGCAGGUCCUCUCUUUGACUUUGGACUACUCAUGUUUCACUGUGGGAAGAUGCUUUUUGAAAACAAGAGUGGACCCUUUUUCUACCUCUCCAAAGUGGAGAGCUUCAUGGAGGCCAGACUAUGGAACAAGAUAUUUGUCUGGACACAACACAAGCUGGGUCUUCCACUGGGGAGCAUCAAGGCAACAGUGCUAAUUGAAAAUAUAUUGGCAGCAUUUGAGAUGGAGGAGAUUCUCUACGAGCUGCGAGACCAUUCAGCAGGACUCAACUGUGGCAUUUGGGAUUAUUCAGCUUCUAUUGUCAAUAAAUUUGGUCACCGACAGGAUUUCCUUUUGCCCGACCGCAGUAAAUAUGUAAAUAUGGAGAAGCAUUUUCUGCGCAGUUACAUGGACCUGUUGGUUCAGACGUGCCAUCGGAGGGGAGCGCUGGCCACGGGAGGCAUGGCAGCCCUGCUGCUGCCCCAGGACCCGCUCAAUGACCCCCACAGCACAGUGUUGGCCACUGUCACCAGAUUAAAGUUGCUGGAGAUCAAGGCGGGUGUGGACGGUUUCAUGGUGUAUGACCUGAGUUUGAUUGAGCCAAUGCAGAAACUCUUCAAGCUCCACACUGAAGGUGAUAACCAGCUUCAUCAGCUUCGACAUGAUGUUACUGUGACACCUGAGGACUUGCUGACCAUGCCUUUGGGAGGAGUCACCCUUUACGGUUUGAAGUAUAACAUUGCAGUUGGUGUCCUCUUUGUUAAUGCUUGGCUAUCAGGUAAAGGUCACUUUUUCUACAGAGGCCAGGUUGAAGAUUCGGCCACAGCAGAGAUUUCCAGAUCACAGGUGUGGCAGUGGAUCCGUCAUCAGACUCAGCUGGAAGAUGACAGCAGGGUGGUGAGCAGGCGGCUGGUGACCAUGCUCAUCAUGGAGCUCACGCGGGAGCUCAGGACUCUCUGUCACUCUGUUAGGGCUAAACAGAGGUUGCACACAGCAGCAGACAUGUUCCUGGAAGUGGUCCUAAAGAGAGAUUUUCCUGAGUUCAUCACCACCUACUUGAUUCAGGACCACACCUUUCUCAGCUCCCAGAACACUGAACAGGUGGAAUCUCUGAACACAGACUGGCCCCAAGCUAAACUGUGAGCGUCCUCUGCCCAACAAGAACACACUUUGAGGACAUCCAAUGCAGCUUUUAGAGAUUUCACUGGAUAUUCUAAAUUAAAUAAUUCUAAUUAUUUGUUUAAAUAGAUUGUAAUUUCAUAGACAGAUAAUCAGUUAGGGACAAAAUGUGUUCAUUUUGUCAGUCCCUAUGGAAAAAGUGGUGCAGCUAUGCCUCGCUUCCAUCCAGCAGGUCCUGGCCUUGGCCUCUUCUAAAGUCUGUCCGAAGUUCUGAUGAGGAAGAACAGCAGCACACUGAAAAUCCAGAAAUGUUUGCAGACCACGCUACAUUAACUUUGGAUUUAGCAGAGUACAGAUGUUUGAUGACUAAUAUAAUGCAUGAUCUUCAUCAGAGGAGGUUCCUUAUAUUAAACCUAGGAUUAGUGCAUCUGAAAUCACACUGCAAACUCCUACAGAGUCAAUUGUACGAAAGAACUUGAGUCAUUAUCCAGUAUGAGAUUAAUUUGCAGUAGAGUUAAAGUAAAUCUUUGAUAGGUUUGAAAUGUAACUGUACAGUGUCACUCUACUUGGUGUAGGGCUUAACUCUAUGUACUGUGGCACAUGGAUUGGAGAGUGUGUGCUGGAAACCACAUGGUUGGUGGUUCGAACCCAGGCUGCUCUAUGCCCCAUGUCACAGUGUCCCUGAGCAAUACACCUAUCCUCAACUGCUCCCUGGGCCAAAAUGUAAACACCAUGUAUUAAAAAUAAAAGUUCCUUUAGCUUAAUGACAUUGUAUUUAACAAUGAACAAAUUUAUUAUAACACUUAUUCUGAGUUAAAUUAUUAAUACUUUGUUGAGUGUUGAUUUACAAGAUUGGGACAAUAUAAACACCAGCUUAGAGUUAAAAUUGAAUCUCAAAGAGUCAAUUUAACUGAAAAUUUGCUGUGUAAAGACACUAACACACACUUUCACUGUUUUAAAACAAUAUGGUUAAGGGGGUUUACUUUUCAUUCUGAGGGUUAAAAGUGAUAUUGGAAAAUGCCUGUUACAUAAACAACAUACAUUUUUAGUAAGCUCCUUAUUUUAGAACCAACUGUGAUCUUUUCCUAAACCUAACCAAGUUAACCAAUCAAAUAAACUAAACUUAAACUGUGUUUAAUUUGAAACAAGUCUGGCUGCAAAACUGAAUAUCUUCUGUGAACACCAAAGUUUAUUUAUAACAGACACACACAGGUGGACUGACAAAUGAUCCCUGACGUCCUAAACACUAGAGUGGAACUUAGAGUAGAAGGAAAAUACCCAGUUGGGUGUUUUGGUAUCACAACCAGUGUUCUUUUAUUUAGCUGUGUAACAAUGUGGAACAAAAGUGUGAUAAAAGGCAUGGAUGUU